AUGAAUAUAUUAGGAAAAAAAUUGUAUAAUCAACAAAAAUAUUCUAAUCAUCAAUUAAAUGAAAUCGACGAAGCAUUACUUCUUGACACUUCUAUAUAUAAACGUAUAUAUCGUUUAUCAAACGGUCGAUCCUUUAUUCGACUAUGUCAUUUUAUAUAUACACAUAAGUUGCUAUUUAUUAUAAUAAUUUUUGUUUGUAUACCAAUUAUACUUUAUAUGUUUUUACUUAUUCUAUCGAAAAAUCAAGCAUUUAUUCCAACACAAUUCGAACAAAAUCGUUAUCGUCUUCUUUUAGUUGUUGCUCAUCCCGAUGAUGAAUGUUUAUUUUUUUCACCAACAUUACAUGUUUUACGAAAACAAUAUCAUGUUAAUUUAAGUUUAUUAGUUUUUUCACGUGGAAAUCAUGUCGGUUUAGGUCAUAUACGUGCUAUGGAAUUAUAUGGUUCAUGUCAAGCAUUAAAUAUUCCAAAAGAACGUUGUAUAUCAUUAGAUUUAUCUAAUAUACAAGAUAAUCCAAAAGUUUGGUGGUCUGAACAACAAUUAAUUCCUAUGAUAAAUGAAUAUAUUGAUAAAUGGUCUACUGAUAUCCUUGUUUCUUUUGAUCGCAAAGGAAUAUCAGGUCAUAUUAAUCAUCAAGCAGUAGCUUCUGCAGUUCGUCUAUUAACACAAACUAAUAAUAAUACAAUGAUUAAAAUGUCUUAUGAAUUAAAAUCUGUAUCUGUUCUUCGUAAAUAUUCAUCAUUAUUUGAUUUCUAUUUAAUAUUUAUUUCAUUUAUUCCACGUCUUUUACGUUCAUUAUUGUCAUAUUUAAUUCCAUGUACUUUAAUAUCAUCACCAGAUUUAUCUCGUAUGCUUCUUAUUAAUACACCUAACGAUUAUAUGGUGUCUCGAAAUGCUUUUGCAAGCCAUAAAAGUCAAUAUAGUUGGGAUAGAUAUAUAUAUUUAAUUGCAAGUCGUUAUAUGUUUAUAAAUGAAUUGAUUUAUAUCGAGAAAAGUUUGUCAUAA